CGAACUGACCCUUCACUUUAGCAGCGAAUGUUUUGGGUCAGUGCUCAGUUGCGUUGAGUUCGUGACCAAAGGCGGGCGUAUUUCUUAUACCCAAUUCAUAAUCAUAUUCAUAUUCGAUAUAAAUAAAUCCUCGGCUGUUGCUAAAGCAAUCCACAUCGAUUCCCGCUCCGAUCGGCAUGGUUCCGCGAUUGUCUGGCUCGAAUUGAGAAGAAGUCAUGGGCUGUGCCAGCAGCACUCCCAUGGUUGCAACGGCGGGCAGCGAAAUGCUGAAAGCCGCCAGCCAUGUCAAACAGAAGGGCGAGGCCGUCGUGGAAGACGCCUCUGAAACACUGACCACCACUUUGGACACGGCCAAGGAGACCGUUGGCACGGCGGUGGCGGGAAUUACCACUGAGCUGGGCAACGCCUUCAAGGAGGGCACUCAGGCUCUGGACGAGGCCAAGCACAAGGUAAUGGAGGGUCUUCACCUGGAAGAGCCCCAGGUUUCCGAAUCGAAAACAGAUCCGGUAGAGGCAACGAUGAGCAGUUCCCGAGCACCGACGCCCAAAAUGCAGGAAGAUACAGAUAGCCUGAAGACCUCCACUCCAGAGCCGGAGAUCGAACGGGCUCUGGCCAACGAGGAGGAGAGCCCACCGACUCCGAAACCCUCGCUGGAGGAGAUGGUUCUGAUAAGUGCCGAAGUCUCGCAGGCAACUGCUGCUGAUGCGCCUGCAGUGGAUGCACCUGCCUCGACUGCCGAGCCUUCAUCAGCUACAGCAACAGAAGCAACCGAAUCCUCCGCUGCCGUGGAAAGUCGUAAAGUGCGCCGCAAAUUGGUCAAAACGAAUAAAACGAAUGAUGAGGAGCAUAGACCCAGCACCACCGAGUGGGAGAAAUUCGCAGAUCAGUUAGCCAAAAGCAAGAAGUUUAAGCCCUACGAAAGCUUCGCCCACGGUCAAAACAAGUUCUCCGUUUACCAGGAUCACACCAGUCUGAGGGAUAAGCCGAAUCACUACGAUGGUCAUUUUAGCGGUGAAAACUCACAGAGUGCCUCCCAAUCGGAUUUGUCCAGCGGCCACAUAACUCCAGCCCCCACUCGCAGAGGGCAACGGGAGUUUGCCAAAUUCGUGGGUUCCGAACAGGCGGGUAGUAUAUCCCGGUCCAGUUCCAGGCUCUCGAAUCCUGCCACUUCCAGGACCUUCGAUUUCAAUCCCCAACGCGAACGCAUCAGUCUUUCCCUGGCCACUCGCAUUGGUUCCGGUAUUCAAAGAUCUCCUGCCGAACGGGUUUCCGGUUGGGGUAGAGGAAGGCCGGCUCCCUUGGUGGAGGAACCUGGAUACGGACGCAGAAUGAGCACUGGAGUUAUUCAACAACCCUUGAUAGCCGGAAGAGAGAAAUUUCUAGGCACUGGAAGUCGCCGGGCAGUAAAACCCAUAACCCCGACAAGGGAAAAGUCUUCUAAGAAGCAGCCUUCCAGGAUUAUUUCUUCGCGAGAGUCAUCUUAUUUGGAUUUCGAUCCUCGCAGUCCACUAAGGAUUACCAACACUUUACCAAAGGAUGUAGUACGGUCCAGAGAACCAUCUUUGAAUGAGUUUGAUUCCAUUAAAGCUCAAAGGACGCCCUUAAAAGGACAAAAGCCCUUUACUAAGGCCGUAGUACCACUAAAGUCUUUGGAAACCAAUCACAAUCCUUUUAGGCUACACAAACCUUCAGUAAAGGAGACUGUUAAAUCUAGAGAGCCAUCCUACAUAGAAUUUGAUUCUUUCAAGGAGGAUAAAAGUCCUCGGAAAUCACAAGCUAUGGAAAAGAAAAUGGUACGCUCAAGAGAGCAUUCGUACCAUGAAUUUGAUUCCUAUAAAGCACAAACGAGUCCUUUUAGAACUUCUCUACCUAUGCAAUCAGAUGAAGCCCCGAAACUACCUCAGAAUCUCACCAAAUCAAACAAUAUUCCAAAGGAGCAAUUACCGCACAGAGAUCGCAGUCCGAGUGAAGCAACUCAAACUUCAACAAAUCAAAAUCAAUCCUCUGCACCUCAAUCACCUAAAAAGACAGACACUCCAAAAGCUGUUGUUUCCAAAUCAAAGAUGUUAUCACCACCGAUUUCCAGGGCUUCCAGCGCUAAAUCCUCAGACAGCAGCAAUUUAGAUGUGAUAAUCCGACCAAUGAGCAGUCUGAAUACACCUAGUAUAAAGUCCUUUACUCAGUCACCGGAUCAAGUUGUUAUGGAAGGCUAUGAAGAUUGCGAUUUGGAGGCUGCGCUAGCCAGACUGGAAAUCUUGAGAGGAUCAACGGCCACAUUGCACUCCCUAAGAUCCUGCAGUCCUGGCAGGCACACCUAUACAGCCUCCUUACUAAGUUCUCGACGUACCUCUCCUUGGGUUAUGAGAAAGAAUUACGGAGGCACUCUUGGCCAUAAAAUAAAGCCAAAAGAAUUGGUGGAGUCUCUGGAAACUCCACAGGCCACUCAUAAAACCCUCGAACGCUGCGAUAUUUGCUACAAUGAGUUUCUUAUAAACUAGCUUAUUCCAUGACCGAGGAUAAUAGCAAAUGUUGAGCUUGUAAUUCUUUUGAAAUUCUUAUAUAUUUAUUAAAAUAAAUUUAUACACG